GACGAGCUGGAGAGAUAUCUCCAUGAACCCCCUCCGCCGCAGAGGCUGCAUGAUUUGGACGUCCUUCAGUGGUGGGUUACUCGCCAGAAGCAGUAUCCUACACUCAGCAGGAUGGCACUCGACCUGCUGGCAUGCCCGGCCAUGUCCAGUGACUGCGAACGAACGUUCUCUACUGCAGGCAGGAGCAUGAGCAAGCUCCGUUCACGCCUUUCAGAGGGUACUGCAGAGGCACUUGCGUGCCUGAGCAGCUGGCUGCCCGCUGGGUGGGUGAGGACAGAGGAC